GGAAAUUAAAAAUAUGCUUGGUAAACACAACGAAAUCUGGGAUAAAACAAUAUGAUAAAGACAUCAAUGGAUUGUCACUGGAUUAACAUGGUUGACGUUGGAUUUAAUAUUAUGUAGAUCUAUAAUUAAGAUGUGAAGAUAACAGCGAUUACAAAGGGUUUGAAUUACAAUUGAAAGACUUACUUUACACAUGCACCAUGUCCAAAUCAUCGGAAGAAGUUUUGCUCAUAGUUAAACAUGUAAAAAACAAGAAAACUGAUGGAGAACUGUACUUGAUGGGAGAGCGAAUGGGCUGGAUGCUGGAAUCUAAACGAGUGUUCAAUAUUAGCUACAUGUAUGCUGACAUCAAAACUCAAAAAAUUUCACCAGAUACAAAAGAAAAAGUUCAGCUCCAAGUAAUCCUACAUGAUGGAAGUGCCAACACUUUUUUAUUUAACAACCCCAAAGGUCGUCAACAACAACUACAAGACAGAGAAUCAGUCAAAGAAUUACUACAACAGUUACUGCCAAAAUUCAAGAGGAAAAUCAGCUCAGAGCUUGAAGAAAAAAACAGAGUACUUCAACAAGAUCCAGAAGCCUUUCAGUUGUACAAAGAUUUGGUAGUUAGUGGAGUUAUAUCACCAGAAGAGUUCUGGUCCUCUAAAGCUCAUUUGCUCUCAUCAUCAUCCAAAUCAUCCCAGACUCAAAACCUCGGAGUUUCACCUGCAUUCUUGGCUGACAUCAAACCACAGACAGAUGGUGCUAAUGGUCUCAAAUACAACUUGACUGUUGAUAUCAUUCAGUCUAUAUUUAAAACAUAUCCAAUGGUGAAAAAAAAACAUGCAGAAGCAGUACCACACCUUGUGAGUGAGAGUGACUUUUGGACUAGAUUUUUUCAGUCUCACUAUUUCCAUAGAGACAGACAAGCUUUAGUUCCCAAAGAUAUAUUUACUGAGUGUGCUAAGAAUGAUGAGGAAGUGAUGAAAGAAGAGAUCACUAGACAUGGGAAUGAUCCUCUUGUUGAUUUGACUCAGAUCAAAGAUCAAAACAUUGACGAUGAAUAUCGAGGCAUUGUUGAUGACAAUCGUUCAAGUAGCAAUAUUGCCAACCAGUCUAUGAUCCGACGCUUUAAUCAACAUUCAACUAUGGUUCUUAGGACCUGCUGCGCCUCAACAACUUCAUCGACAGAACAGACAAUAUCGGACAAUACAGGACAGGUCAAUGGCAAAAAGUCUAAAAUACAACCAGAGCUUCAACAAAAUGGCCAAACGAAUUUAGAUGAGCCCCAGAGUAAAAAGAGAAAGAUCAAAGAGAAAUUAUUAUAUGAAGAUCUAGACAAUACAGCAGUAGCUAAAGGAGUCUCUCUUAGAUUAACCAACAUGGAUCGAUAUCUCCAUGGUCCAACCCCAACCACCAGUGAAUCCUUACUUGGCUAUCAUCAAAAUUUCUUAAGUGAAAUCUCCACAGAUAUGGCUGUUCAGGAAAUAGCCAAUCAAGUCAAAAGUUGGACCUCUUCCAAUCUUAAGAUGGCUCUGGGACCUCAAGCUUUGUCUGUACUGGGCGAGUUGUCUCCAGGUGGAGCUCUGAUGUCUGGCACUAGUUUACAAAAACUUCACAAACAAGUGGCCCCUGCUACAAGACAAGAACUUCAACACAACUAUAAUGCUUUGUGUGAGUUAUUGCGUCACUUUUGGGCUUGCUUUCCUGUUUCCUCGAAACAUUUAGAAGAAAAGGUGCUAAAAAUGCGAAUGACAUUGGAAAGGUUUGAAAUGAAUAAGUUACUUCCCUUGAAAGAAAAAUUGGCCCAGUAUCAUUACGCUAUGAAUUUAACUGGACACCUGGAAGAAAUGUUAAAGGCUGCUUACAACAAAUAUGAUCUCUGGCAAGCAAAGCGUGUGUCAAGGAGAACAUGACAAAAGUUUGAAAAUAAUUCAUGGUUUUGUUUUGUCUUUAUUGGCCAAUGUCGGAUUUUUAAAAAAAAAGUUAAUGUUUUUAACUUUCAACGCAAAGGGAGUGUACUCAUAAGAGUAUUGACAGUGUGUGUCUACUAGGCCUCAUCUCUCACAAUAUUUCAUUGUCUACCUGUGCUAUACAAUUGUUUGUUUUCUCAUAACUGACCACCAAUAAACUUCAACACAUAGA